UGGGAGCAUGCCCAGGCGUCAGUAUGUUGUCAAAAACAGUGUUGAUUCUCUCUGUAGCAUUUAUGGACUAUUUUCUCCCCUAUUCUUAAAAUGACGUUCGUUUAACUUACGUCUGGUUGCGAAACACGAAGGAAAUCGGGUUCGUCAAUCGGAUUUAGAACUUUUUGAUAUGUGGAUGAGAACAAUUCGUGCUGAGACUCCCACGACAUGUGUUGAGCAAGUCCCGCGAUUCAAUGGCACCUCGAGUGCCCACCUGGAAGAAGGUCAUGGACAAUUGACAGUAAGGGCAUUAUCAAAUGAAAUGGGGCCCGCACUUGCUUGUUUGCGAACUGGAGAACACGAUGCUCCGACGUCUGAAGAAACGUUGUGCGAACGCUGUCUAGAACCGUUUCUAUCCGCCGAGAACAUUGUAUCCUACCGAGACGGAUUAUUUCACCAAAAGUGUUUUGUCUGUGUGCAAUGUUUCCAACCACUGUCACUUGCGGAAUUUUACGAGCAUGAAGAAAGACGAUAUUGUAAAUACGAUUUCCAGAUGCUGUUCGCUCCAUUUUGCCACAAAUGCGGUGAAUUCGUUAUGUCUCGGGUUAUCAAAGUUCUGGGAAGGAGCUGGCAUCCGGAGUGCCUUCUUUGUGAUCAAUGCGGUGCAGAGCUCGUGGUGACCGGCCUGCAUAAAUUCAACGGUAGACCCCUGUGUAGAGCCUGCUUCAACGAACUAUCCCAAGUGCAGUCCACAGGACAUUUGUGCCAAACCUGCCGCACCUAUGUUUCCAAGUCUGAAAUGAUUCGCUUCAAAGGAGAUCCGCAUCACCCGCAUCACUUCAAGUGUGCCCGCUGUGAGGUUGAAUUGGGACCAGAUGCCAGGGAACGUGGAGGAGACUUGUAUUGCCUACAGUGCUUCGACAAACUGGGCAUACCCGUUUGUGCUGCCUGCAGACGUCUGGUCGAAGGUCGAAUCGUUUGGGCUUUGGGAAAACCGUGGCAUGUGGAACACUUUGUUUGCCAUCAGUGUGAGGUUCCUUUCAUGGGAGGUCGAUUUUAUGAACUCCAAGGACGAGCCUACUGUUUUCCUCACUACCAAGCGCGAACUGGAAGCACCUGCCACAUUUGCUGUCAACCGGUAAUGGAUAUUCUUGCACGGUUCACAAACAAAGCAUAUUGUCCGGGACACUUUACGUGCUUCAUUUGUGACCGCAAGUUAAAUGAAAAGUCCAAACUUUACGAAAUUGACCUGAAGCCGGCUUGCAAGGAAUGCUACGACAAACUACCAACUCAUUGGAAAAAGCGACUCGCCAAAUUACACAUGUUAGAGGCGCACGACUAGCUUGCACAACGAUACAGUAUUGCCUUGCCUAUUUUCCGCACACGCAUCAUUUUAUCUUGUACAGUGCACCCUUACCAUGUUCCGGAAUUCUUGUCACUCUGUGUUUGCUUCUGCCAAUAUAACUGAAUCGUUAAC